CAAUUCAUUAGUUCAAUUUGAAGCGCGAGUCUCGAACGGUUUUACGCAAGAAAAGUGGAAAAUAUUUUAUAGAAUAUUCAAAAUGAAAUCAAUAUUGGUGUUGGCUCUAUGCCUGGGUGUCGCCUGCGCAGAUUUUCACAACAGACAGAAACGUGAUGAUUUUCAUAGUCGCCACUACGCUGCCCAUCAGGAGGCAAUCGAUACUGCCCGCCGCAAUGCUUACGGCUCCAGUGGCUAUGGAGCUAGUGGCUCGAACAGCUUUGGAGCUGGCGGUACCGCUGAGCUGUCGCUUGGCGGCGGCGUUGGUGGCUCGUCGCUAGGCAACUUGGAGAGCUCCUACGAUUCCGUGGGUGCCGUUGAGGGAGUGGAGAACAGCGGCAGCAGCUUGGGCGGUGGUUCUGCGUUUGGAUCCAACAAUGCUGCCUCAUUUGGUGCCGGCUCUGGAUUCGGUGCUAGCAAUCAGGCUGCCUUUGGUGCCAACAACGCGGCUUCGUUUGGUUCCAACAGCGCCUUCUCCUCCAACUCUGCCUUCCAGACCAGCCACAGUGCCAACUUCAAUGCAGCCAGCUCGCACAACGUGGGCAGCAACGUAGAGUUCGCUGACGCCAACAAUGCCGGCACUGAGGUCAACUUCGGAGGGGCCAAUACCAACACUGUCAACUCGGAGUCGCUGCUCGCCAGCAAUGUGCAGGCACCGGUGGCCCUCACUUUGCCCUCGUCCAGCGGCAACAAUGUGGAGUACUUGCACCACGAGCGCGUUGUCUCCAGUGCACCCCAACAGAUUGUGUACACCGUGCCCGGUGGCUCGCAGCAGUACGUGCAACAUGUGGAGCGCGUUGUCGAGCAGAAGCAGCCCUCGGUGCAGUACGUUCAGGUGGCACAGCCUUCCGGCACCUCUGAGAGUUACUAUCAGCGCAAGGUCACAACCACCUCAUCGACUCCCCAGAUCGUCCAGCAGCCCUCGGCCAGGUACACCUAUGGCUCCAACACUGGCUCCAGCUUUGGUUCCAAUGCUGCCUCCACCUUUGGCUCCAAUGCUGCCUCCACUUUUGGCACCAACUCUGCCUUCAAAGUCAACCAAGGCUUCGGCACCAACUUUGGCAGCAACUUCGGUCAGCGCUCAGGUGCUCAGACCCAGUGGACUUCAGGUCAAAAUGCUGGUGUCAACUUUGGCAGCGGAAGCUCUCAGCUGCAUCAGUUGAUCAACCAGGCUCAACUGACAGCCAGGCAACAGGCUGCAAGUGGCAGUUCCCAUAGCAGUGGAGCCGGUCUAGCCAGCGCCAACCAGCUGCAGGUUGGUGGCUCCAACGGCUUCAACUCUAACUACGGCUUCAACUCGGGCAGCUCCCUGAACUCCGCCAGCUCUUUGAACUCCGCCAGCUCCUUGAACUCCGCCAGCUCUCUGAAUGCCGCCAGUGGUCUUAAUUCGGGCGCCAGUGGCUCUCUUUUGAGCGGUUCUUUGCUCAGCGGCUCCCUGCUGGGUGGUGCCUCCCUCAACAGCCAGAACAAUUUGGGUCUCAAUGCGGGACAGCAACUGUCCGGCUCCGGCAACUUUGGCGGCGCCGGCGGUGCCGGCAGCGGCUACCAGACCAAGCAGUGGGAGAAGCAAUCCAAGUGGUCUUCCCAGUCUGAGUUUGGCUCCGAUGGCCAUGUGAAGAACUACAAGGAUCUGGCCACUGGCGAGAGCGAGAACUACAACGUCAACGGCAAACAGUUCGGAUACAACGCAGCCACCGCGUCCGUCGAUGACAACGGUAGGACGAGCACCUACAGUGUGCACUCGUAAGGUGCAACCAGCCAACAGCCAUCAUUGCCCCCUGCCACAACUUUCACAGUAGUAUCUAGUUUCAAACCCUCCGCAUUGUAGACGGUUCAACAAAAAGCCAAACAAUAAAAUGAGUAUCGGGAAUA